UUCCAUUCGAAAAUUCCCUCCACCACCCCUACGAGCAUGUAUAAAUAAGUAUCCUCACAGCCUCAUAUUCACCAUAACCAAAGCCUUCUUAGCUUUCUUUCAAUCAAGUUUCCAACCCCCCUCUCUCUCUCUACCCCAUUGCUAGGAUGGACCGGGUGAUGGGAUUGGCUGGCCAGAACGCGUUGGUGAUCUUCAGCAACAGCUCAUGUUGCAUGUGCCACUCCAUCAAGAGGCUCUUCAGUGAGCUUGGUGCCCAUGCAACUGUUUAUGAGCUGGACCAGGACUCCAGGGGAAAAGAAACAGAGAAGGCAUUGGUCAGGCUACUGGGUCGUAGCUCACCUCUACCAGCUGUGUUCAUAGGCGGUAAGCUGGUAGGCACUUCCAACGAGGUGAUGUCACUUCACCUCAAGGCCGACCCCACUCGAGCAAGCAAGAGCCAUCUGAUAAUGCUCCUCAAAGAAGCAAGAGCCAUUUGGCUGUAACGCAACACAAAUUCUGCAAUGAUAUUAUGCAAAAGAAUUAGUCACACACAUAUAUAGAAUUGAGUUUCUCGUCCAUUUCUCGAGGACAUGACUACUUACGAACGUUUUAUGUCUUAGUUAUGUAUUAAAGUUAUAUAUGGAGUCUUAAGUUGAUGGUUUAAAAUACCACUAGUUAGGGUUUUGCAAAGAGCGUAAUGUGUUGAUGAGGAGAAAUGCUUCUUUGGAAAGUGGGUGUUUGAAUGUGAAAUAUAAUAUUUCC